AUGGUGGAGCAGGGUGAGAUUUUACUGGGGCAGGCGGAAGGAAAUGCUCCCACGGAGGGAGAAGGCUUUGUGGACCGGCAAGCGGAAGACCCUUGUGCUGGUCAGCAGCAGAAUGUAUCUCUCGAUCCAGAAGGUGGCCUGGGGAUCCUCCAAGACAUCGCUCCACCACCUGAGAUUCCCCAGCCAGUGGGAACUUUUGGUUACAGUGAACAUGGGGGGAGCGUCCAGCAGAACUCAAGCCUUAACACCCCGCCGGAGAUCUCUCCGCUGGGAGAGAAGCCUCACAAAUGUACCGCAUGCCACAAGAGUUUCAGCUGGUGCUCGGACCUCAUCAAGCACCAGAGAAUCCACACGGGAGAGAAGCCCUACAUCUGCAGCGAAUGCGGGGAAAACUUCAUCGUGAGCACUCACCUGUUCACUCACAAGAGAAUCCACACGGGGGAGCAGCCUUUCCUCUGCACCGAGUGCGGGAAGUGCUUCAGCCGGAACUCACACCUGGCAAACCACCAAAGGACCCACACGGGGGAGAGGCCCUUCGAGUGUGGCCAGUGCGGGAAGAGCUUCGGCGACUGCUCGACCCUCACCCAGCACCAGAGGACCCACACCGGCGAAAAGCCUUACAUGUGCGUCGAGUGCGGGAAGGGCUUCAUCCAGAGCUCGCACCUCGCCUGGCAUCGGAAGACCCACACGGGAGAAAAGCCAUAUAAGUGCGCCGAGUGCGGGAAGGGUUUCCAAUACAAGGCCCACCUGGUGGAGCACCACAGACUUCAUAUUGGGUAA